UACUGCGCAAUACUUGCUUGAGUGACAGCGACAGAGGCAACCUGAAGGAGAGCUCUCAGUACCCUCUGCCCGGCACCCGAGCCAAGCCCCAACACUGGCAAGCCAGCCGGAGACAUGGGACAGUCACGCCUGCUCCCCUUCGUGGGACUCCUAUUCUUUCAUCUUAUUCCAAACCAACUUUGCAAGACAUGUGAGGUAAGUGAAGAGAAAUACUUCCUUCUAAGCCCUCUGUGGAAAACAAUGACCCAUUCAAAGUACACCAUGGGAACCCAGUCUGCUGAUGUCCUGCUGUCCCUCAGACUUGUGGGGAUCCAGAACCAAACCCUAAUCCAGCCACUCUCGCAACAAGUCAGGAGGAGUGGGGGAAGCAAAGGGGUGAAUUUAAGCUCGGGACAGCUUGCUUUGAUUACACUGGCUUUGGGUGCUUGUCACACCCCUGAUGAAGCCUUCAUAUAUGACAAUCACCUGCUCAGCAGAUUAGAAAACAAAUUCCAGGCGGAAAUUAAAAACAUGGAAGCACACAAUGGCAGUCCUCUGACUAACUACUACCAGCUCAGCCUGGGAGCCCUGGCCUUGUGCCUGUUCCAUGGACGAUACUCCACCACCCAAGUUGCUGAACUCUUUGCUCCUGGAAAUAAAAACUAUUAUUUUCAUGGCCAGUUCGUCGUAGAUAUUGGGGCAAUGGCGGUUCUGGCUCUGACAUGCAUCAAGAGAGGUCUAGCAAACGGACAGACAAAGACAGAGAAAGAGGAUCUAAGGAGCAUCGAUAAUCAUAUACAGUCACUCGUAGAUAAGAUUUUGCUUGAGAAAAAAAGGAAUGGUCUCAUUGGAAAUACAUUUAGCACUGGAAUCGCCAUGCAGGCCCUCUUCAUCUCAUCAGACUAUUACAAAGAAAGUAAGUGGAACUGCGAACAAACUCUAAAGACGGUACUCGAGGAGAUUGCGCAGGGAGUGUUCAAUAUCCCAAUUGCUGCGGCUCAGAUCUUGCCUGCCCUCGUGGGAAAAACAUACUUGGAUGUCAACAGAGAUUCUUCUUGCACCAGUGGCUUAGGUAACUUCGACAUCUCCAGUCAUAAGCCUAUGUCUACAAAACCUCCUAACUCACCCUCAAAUAUCUCCAUUCAUUACUCUGUGAAAAUCAAUGAAAUAUAUUCCACCACCGUCACUGUGCCCAGUGGUUCUGUCUUCCUAGAUGUGAUGGAGGAAGCUCAGAAAAAGAACGAGACUCUAUUUGGUUUCACAGUGGAGCAGAGCUCGUGGGGCCCCUUCAUCACUUCUGUCCAGGGCCUGAAGGCCAGCAAUACUGACAGAACCUACUGGGAACUUCUGAGCAGCGGCAGAUCCCUGAGCCAAGGAGUUGGUAAUUAUGUUGUCCAUGAUGGAGAAGAUUUGGAGGUUCGUUGGAGCAAAUAUUAGCAAACUCGGACCUACACCUAAAAACUGACCUUCUGUUUUCCUUUUCACUUAUCCCAAUCCCAAAAGGGCAAUCAACAACCUCCCCACCUCUCUCCCAUGUUCAAUCGAAGAUCCACAGCUAUACAAAAGGAGCAUGUACUGACCACAUCCCUUUUAAAAAGGAUUUUAAUUUCCACAGUGGUUUCACCAAUCUACACUCCCA